GCUCUUCGUUUUCAAACUGCAGGCCCUAUGUACUACAAGGGAGUCUAUCAUCUGUUCUACCAGUACAACCCAUAUGGUGCCGUAUGGGGCAACAUAAUUUGGGCUCAUUCUGUAUCAACGGAUUUGAUCAAUUGGGUUGCUCUUGAACCUGCAAUUUUUCCCUCUGGGCCUUUUGACAUAAAUGGUUGUUGGUCUGGCUCAGCUACCAUCCUCCCAGGAGGCGAUCCUGCCAUCUUGUACACAGGAAUAAACACGGCGAACCAACAGGUCCAGAACAUUGCGUUCCCCAAGAACCGAUUUGACCCUUUCCUCAGGGAGUGGGAGAAGCCAUCUUACAACCCUUUAAUGGCUCCUACUCCUGAAAAUAAGAUCAAUGCAAGUUCUUUUAGGGACCCAACUACAGCGUGGAAAGGUAAGGAUGGGAUCUGGAGGGUUCUCGUGGGCAACAAACGAGGUCAUAGGGGAAUGGCUCUUCUUUACAGAAGCAGGGAUUUCAUACACUGGGUUAAGGCAAAACACCCUCUCCACUCCUCGGCAGGCACUGGGAUGUGGGAAUGCCCCGAUUUUUUCCCUGUUGCUCUUAAAGGUACUGAGGGUUUGGACACCUCUGUUAUCGGUCAAGAUGUGAAGCAUGUAUUAAAGGCAAGCUUGGACGACAAGAAGUACGAGUAUUAUACUGUGGGGACAUAUCUGCAUCAAGAAGACAAGUACAUACCUGAUAAUACAUCUCCAGAUAAUGCCACCGGGCUUCGCUAUGACUAUGGCAAGUUCUACGCCUCGAAGACAUUCUUUGAUAGUGCCAAGAACAGAAGAAUCCUUUUGGGAUGGAUGAACGAAUCAGACAGUGUAGCAAGUGAUUGGCAGAAAGGCUGGGCUGGUAUCCAUUCAAUUCCGAGAAAAAUUUGGCUCGACCCAAGUGGAAGGCAACUCGUCCAAUGGCCAGUGGAAGAACUGGAAGCUCUACGUGGAAAAAGAUAUGAAAUAAAAAAUAAGCAGAUCAACAGCGGAUCUACUGUUGAGAUUCCACUAGCAGAUUCAUCACAGGCGGAUGUAGAAGUUGCUUUUGACUUGCAUAGCCUCGAGGAGGCUGAGCUCUUGGACCCAAAUCUUGUGGACCCUCAACUGAUAUGCAGUGAGAAGGGUGCCUCUGUUAAGGGUGGAGUUGGGCCUUUUGGUCUGUUGGUAUUGGCUUCCAAAGAUUUGCAGGAGCGGACUGCGGUCUUCUUCAGGGUGUUCAAGGGCCAUGACAGUAAAUAUGUUGUGGUCAUGUGCAGUGACCAAAGCAGGUCGACAUUGACAAAGGACGUCGAUAAAACUACUUAUGGUGGUUUUGUAGAUGUGGAUCUAGCAGAUGGAAAGUUAUCUCUGCGUUCUUUGAUUGAUCAUUCUAUCGUCGAGAGCUUUGGUGCUGGUGGAAAGACUUGCAUGACCGCGAGGGUUUACCCUCAGAAGGCCUUGGGACGCGACGCCCGCCUCUUUGUGUUCAACAAUGGAGCCGCCACCAUCGGCAUAUCGAGAUUGAGUGCGUGGACGAUGUCGGAUGCCUCCGUCAACUGAUCGACAAAAGGACUUUUUUGUUCUCUUUUGUCUCGUAUAGAUCAUUAUUCUCGAAACAUAUUGCCAAUAAUGGGUAGAAUAAAUGUAGGGCAAAUAUAAACUUUAUAUUGGCAAGAAUGACUAGAAUAAAUGUACGAGGAAAUGCAGAUGACAAAUCUUAUUGUUCUUUGUUCCCCUUUUCACUCUCUUGUGCUAAGACUGUGGUUACAUGUGUAGCAAUAAAUUCCAUAUGAUGGAAGAGAAUUUAAGAGAAA